AUGUCGACUCACAGAAUGGUCCGACCACCACCCUUGCACUUGCGCUUUGACAAUCGGUACUCCCACCCAGCACUUCGAAGGACCGAACCGCGUUGUCCUACACUGACAUGCACCCCCACCUUCUCCCGCAUCUACACCUUCAGCUGGCGCGCUCCUGUUAUACUUGUUUCCUCCCUCAACGUCCUUCGAUAUCUAAAUUCGUAUGUCUUCAUUCCCAACCCCCAAGCUUCCAUGCACGCCGUUGAUCGCAUCUCCUUCAUCUUGCAUCUUCUAGUGCCCGCUUUCAACGACUUCCAUGUCGACAAACACCUUGGCUUCUCCGAGCUCGCCAUCCUCUCCUACGUCACCACCAUAAUAUACAUCACGCUGUGCACAGUGGAGCUAUUCGGGAGCGUCGUCAACCUCCUACCACGCCGUUUACAUCUAAUCGAAACAUACACUAGGCUGGUGGAUAUAUCCGCCAUCCUGGUAGCUGUUGCUGGCCUCACAUAUUCGGGCACGUACCUCGUAUACAAGGAUGAGCUCAUCAGCGAAUGCGUACACUCGAGCAUACAUGACGAGGGGUUGCUAAGAUCCACUUUCCGCCUUAAUCCAUGGCCUACUUCAAACGAUAGCGGAGCGGUAGAUUGCACGUCUGCCUAUUCCGCCGACACCCUCACCCACCUUCUCGCACUCCCUAUAUCUUUUCUCCUCCCCAUGAUCCUCCAACUCAUUGUCGCGCACACCUAUUACCGCCAAUCCACCGACCCUCUUCACAAAUCCAAUCUUUGCCACCAAUACCAGCACCCCAACAGUCACACCGCAACACACCCUCCACGCUUACCCUCUUCCUCAUCAUCCAACGCCACCCAGGUUGGCUGGCUACACUUCCCCAGCCAAUCUCCCUUCGCCCGUCUACGCGCCAUGCUCCCUUGGCAUCGACGUACCUUCUUCGGUUACCAACGAUUAUCAACAGAACCACACACGCAGCGUCAACACGAUCACAUCAGCCUACACAAGCUGCAGUCCGUACCCUCGUUGCAUCCGAUCAAAGAGGCUCCGGAGGUCCCUUCCCCUGUGUCCCCUGAAGCGGGCCUGACCCCUGGGCCACCGAGUUUUGGUGGCGGCCACGGGUACAAUCUCCACAACGGCCACCUAUCUGCGUUCACUAUCGGAAGCCUUGACACUGGAAUGGAAGACGACGCGUUCUGA